CCUCAGUCGGCGUACAGCAUCCUGCUGCCCGGUACCCUCCCGCGGGCGCGCUCUGGGCUCAACUCAGCACAGACCCAGGACUGCAGACGGACCUCUCCAGUGGCCAGGAACCAUUGAGCGUGUAGACAGGACAGCAGCCAUCCCUGAGUCCCACCUCGGCAUGGGCCUUGCUAUCGAGGCGGCCCCACUGUCUGUGCUGGCCUAAGGGUGCUGCCCGUCAUGGGGACAGCCAUCUCCCAGGGGGCCCUCAUCGCUAUCGUCUGCAAUGGCCUUGUAGGCCUCUUGCUGCUGCUGCUCUGGGUCAUCCUCUGCUGGGCCUGCCACUCCCGCUCCACUGACAUUGACUCCCUCUCCGAAUCCAGUCCCAACUCCAGCCCCGGCCCCUGUCCUGAGAAGGCGCCCCCUCCCCAGAAGCCCAGCCAUGAAGGCAGCUACCUGCUGCAGCCCUGAAGAGCCCUGGCCUAGCUUGGAUCCUGGGACCUAAGUCCCCGCUACGGUCCCGGACUCCCCAUCCAGCCUGCCUGGAGCUGGCCUUGGCAGCCCCGAGGCUAGCCAGCCUGGCUUGGCCAGGCGUUCAGUGGC